AUGUGCUGGCCCAGCUUCCUGACAUUCCUGACGCCGCGCACGCCGCGCACGGCGCGCACGCGCACGCAGCGCAGGGCCGAGGAAGGCGGAAGCUCAGUCAAGCUGAUGCUCAGCGCAGAUGAGAAACGAGAGCUGCUGGAGCUGGGCUACAGCGAAGAGGAGGCCACCGACAUGCGCUUGGAGCUGGCGCUCGCGGUUCUGAAGCGCCAGACACGGCGGCCAUGGGGCGACCGGCCCAUGCCAGACGAGUGGCAGGAUGAGGCUGUGCUGAUGGCCCGCGUGUCGGACAAGGAGAAGAAACGAGAGGGCCAGGGGUCCUCGACCUCAACUUCCCCGAACUUUUCCCUGGUGGUCUUUGGCUCUGUCGCCUUUCUGGUCUUUCUGCUCUUCUUGCUCGCGCUGGUGGCUGGCCCGAAUCCGGAGACUUCAUCGCCCAGCAGUUUGCCCAGUGGCAGUUUGCCCGAGUACUCCUUGAGAUCCUAG